AUGUUUCUACUUUCUACGGUCAGCUUCCCUACUUGGGGCUGCAGCGAGUACUGUUAUGGUAGUUGUGACGGUCUUGUAUGCCUCUACUCACUCGUCACCCAUCCAAGUGGUGUCAAUGUCGUGGCGAAUCCCGCCACUAGAUUUCAUAGAAGUUUUCCUCUUUCAAGCUAUCAACAGCUCCUCGUCAAUAAGUUUAGCUGCCCAACUCCUGAGCUUGGAUUCGGUAAAGACAUACUCAAAGGCACGUACAAGCCGGUUUGGUUGUAUAAUUCAUCCCCAUUUGGCCUAGACAACGCUACUACUUGUGAAGUCUUUGAUUUCAGCACCAAUGCUUGGAGGUUCGUUGUCCCUGCUUCUCCUUAUCGGAUUCGUGCUCACUCGAGGCCUGUGUAUUUAGAUGGAUCACUUUAUUGGUUAACCGAGUGUGAAGAAACCAAGUUAUUAUCUUUCGAUCUUCAAACCGAAACUUUUCAAGUCGUUUGUAAAGCUCCCUUUGCCCAUGAGUGUUGCUCUUACAGCGUCAUCAUGUGCAUCCUCGAAAACCGUUUGUGCGUGUCCCGGAAAGAUUGGCUAACCCAAGUGAUAUGGUCGUUGGAUUCUUCAGGCGGCAGCAAGACAUGGAAGAAAAUGUGUUCCAUAGAUCUCACCAAAACUUUUUCUUGGUUCGGAGAACGCACACUCUUACCAAUAGCAAUUGUGGAGAAGAAUAAGUUAUUACUUCAUCUUCAUGGAAACUUGAAACUACUGGUGAUACAUGAUCUCCAUGCUAAAUCUUAUGAUAUAGUCUUCAAACCUACCAAACUCGUAGAGUCAGUUGAAGCAGUGAUGAGAGUUGGUCAGACAGUUUUGCUCUGUGUUCAACACGAAGCAAUAGACUAUGGACAGACCGAACAUCAAACAAGUUGUGACAAUUCUGACGUCGACAAUGGAUAUUCCAAAGCCAAAACAACCAAUGUUUGCUUUGGAUACGAGUGA